UGGUAAAAAUCAUCUGGCCUUUUAUUUGUCGAGUGUUCAGCCUAAUCCUUCUUCUUCGGUGGUCAUAAUGAGAGAUAAGGAAAAGCAUCGUCCAUGCUGAGAUAAUUGAUCGGGAAAUUGCAUCUUUAUUCUGUGCUGGUGUCCUUCAUUUAUGAAGCAAGAUGACCACGAUGAUGAGCAAAACUGGCAUCAAAUAAAAUAUAGCUGAUAUUUUCCCGCCCAUGAUCGUAUUUUUACGACACUCAUUAGUUAGAGCCCUCAGAGCUGGUUCUUUGUUUUCAGGUGGUCCCUUUCCCCCCAAAUUUGUGUCAUGAUUAUACAUAGAUCUUUGUAGCAUUCAUAAUUGAUCGAUUUCAUUCGCCAUCUGCUAUCAAGGAUGAUCGUAAAAGCAUUUUUAGCUUGCUAGCUUGCUCUGCGAGGCAUCAGUGACUCACUUCUACUCAAGAGUCUAUCAAUCUAUUUUACGAACACGACGUCGAUCAAUCAUUCGACAAUAUAUAUCAAAGAACAACAGGUCCACUUUUAGAUUGGCUAUUUUGUAAGGCAACGCUAAUAUUCAUAGUUGUGCAGCAUUGUAGUUCAUUUUUCUAGCAAGAACGCACUUCUGUUUAUUUUUUUCCAUUUAUACUACUUUUUCGCUUCAUGGUGAUCAUAUUUCCAAAGUUGAAGUUCUUGUAUUUUUAUACAGCUGGUCCAUUUAUUUCAACAAUUAGAACACGCUUAGAUUUAGAAGUUGUGUACACGGAAGAUAAAACACGAAAGUUGUGUACAUACGCAGUGUUGAUAACGGAAGAUGACUAUGUUAGGCGCAGAAAAGACUUCUGUCGCUGCGUCGGCUGAAGACGAACAGAAUAUACAGUCAAGAGUAUUGUUGUUAAAGAGCGACUUGAAUAAAGACUUGGUUUCUUCAUCACCGCCUGAAGAUCAUCACCAGGUGCAGUGUAAAAGCGAUCAUCUUUCUUCACAAGAUGGAGUUCCUCUGGUCAUCCCGAAGGAAGUUUGCAAGCACGCUCUUGUACUAGGACAGCAGGUGGUGAGGAUAUCCGAAGACUCGAUAUCAAAGGAAAGGGUUCCCCCUGGAGGUGAGAGGGUGAGCGUUCCUCCAGCGAAGGUGUUGGAUCAAGACCUUCGUCCUUUGCGACGCUCGCGGUUGUGGUUAAAGGUAUCAAAACAAGACACUGCCGGUUCCGAGCAAGAGCAAGACGCUGUGUAUAUCGAGGACGUUUUCAACAGCGACGGCAAGAAGGGCGCGAGCAAAGAAAAAGAGCCGCAGCUUCCUGCAUCAUUCUCACCAACAGCAAGAACAGGAGAGACCAUUGGGAAACCCAUCGGGGCCGCGAGCAAGGAAGUCAAUCCCCUGCCAAGCACGGUCGUGGCACUCGAGAAACAGCAAAGCAGCGGCACCAGCUCGGCAACGACUGCUUCAUCAUCAACAUCAUCGCCUACAAUUGCGCAGGAAGUAGCUGGCGUUACUACAACAUCUACAUCAUCUUCUGCCGCUGGCCUCAGAGCAGAUGAACUAGGUCCCACGCCGCCUCCAUCGUCCUCUCCCUCAGCUUCCACGUCAAAAGAAAAAGACAUGGCCCUGCGCCCGCCAAAGCCAGCGGAGGGCGCACCCACGGGUCGUAUAACUCCAAUCGUUUCAUCGCGAGGUUCCUCACCUCGGAUCCCCUUCCACGUGACGCUGGACGAGCCCAUUCAGUGCGAGCACUGCGGCGCGGUUCUCAUCUGCCCGGAACUGCACGUGUGCCAGCGCAUGUCGGCCUCUGAGAUCAAGCGCGCCCUCGAAGCAGGUAACCAACGCUACAUAACGGGUGAAUACCAACCCUUGCUCGAAGGCAGGCACCGGAAGCACCGCAUGAAGAUUUCAGAAGGCCAGCUCCCGGCGAUCGCAGCUAUCGGCUGCGCAGAUUCACGCUGCAACCCACAAGGCAUCACGGAUUGCAACGAGGGCGAAAUGUUCAUGACCCGAACAGCGGGAAACUACGUAGGCACAUCCGUCGCGGGAUCGGUACGUAUUAAAAGAUUAUCCACGUUAGUCUUACUGUUGUAAGUUACUUCUCAUUUGUUCGAUUUGUAAUGAACUACACACAGCGUUGUAGUAGAUGUAUGACACGUAGAUUUGAGGGCCCUUAAUCUUAAUGAUUUGCAUGUGGUUUAUUUAUGCUGCUUGUUUGAUCAAUCAUCUCCAGAUUCAAUACGCCUGUGAAAACCUGGGAACAAAGUUUGUCUUGGUAGUCGGUCACACGAAAUGUGGAGCUAUCUCAGCAGCUAUGUCAUUGCAGCCAACGAGUAUACCUUCACCUCUCAUCUGCGAACGCGUGAUAGACGCUGGAGGUGGUCCGACCCCUUCGCAUGGGGGCACAACACGUGAGACUGAAACAAGACCAGUCCUAGUUCGCGUGGAUUCGGGACCUCCCGGGCCUACCGAUAGUGGCAGCAUGCCGAGACGUAUCUCCGUGUCAAGGGUAUCAGUAUUUGAAUUGCAUAGUUGCCUAAACUAUAUUAACUUCGAACCCGAUGAACUCGACGAUCAAAUUUUUGUUCUUUUUUUUCGAUCGUUAAUCAACAAUGCUGUCCUUCCAUUAGUAGUUACCCUGUCCUGAUUAGUGAGUAUGAUUGCUCUUGGGUAGCUACAUAUUCUUGUCUUCCUUCUUUGAAUUUACCUGCAAGAUGGAAGAAUGAUAUGAACGAUACAGGAAGCGCGGCCUGGUGACGACCCACUCGGAAUGCUAGUGGGAUGGAUUCGUGCUAGUUUGGACAAUGAAAGCCGCUUCGGUCAGUACGCAGUCGAGGAUGAUACGGAUCGCCAGCUCGUAGAAAUCCGACGCCGGUACAGUUCCGAUCCUGUAAGCGCAAACGUGGUGGAGCAGCUGGGCAUUUUGAAGCACAUUCUCGAGUCAACCCGAAAUAUUGCAAUAGUAGGAGCGAUUUUCUCCCUGGAAAGCGGGAAGCUGGAGUUCCUUCCAGAGUACGUGCUUGACGGCGAGAUCGCAACUUGGUAAUGAUUGAGGUGGGUCCCACUUGUGCCAGCGUCACAGAAAAAUAAGACGUAAUUGACCCUAUCAACUUUUUCAAUGAGCAGUUAUCAACUUAUUUUUCCUGCAAGGACGACGACCAACCAAUUUUAUUUAAAAGUACUUCUCGACAUUCUCCCAGAUUUCUUUUCACAGAUCCACCUUGCUCUAUACAUUACAACGAACUAGCCUCUUUUCGCAUAUUCUUGGCAUCACUUCGUUUACUCUCUGUCAGGGACAAUUUAAUUGUUGUAUAUUUAUAUAUAGUACACGCGCAGAAGUUGUAACUUCGUUCAAGACAAAAUGUCGGCGUUUUUCUUUGUUUUAUUUUGGCGAUGUUUUCCUUCUCUGUGCUUGAUCUAAAGUAAUCUACUUGUCCUACUCGUUUCCCUUUUCAAAUCCUCAGCUUUUGUCCUACUCGUUUCCCUCUUCAAAUCCUCAGCUUUUGUCCGACUCGUUUCCCUUUUCAAAUCCUCAGCUUUCUUCUCAUUUUAUCAUUGAAUCUCACGUGUUAGAUCUAGAAUAAUCGAUUGAAUGAUAUUUGUGAAGAAGCCGGGGAACAAAGGAACAGUGAGAACGUCAUGUUCGCGCAUCCUUGUUCCCUGUUCGUGUAUUAUAAAUUUAUCAUUGAUAGUACUAUUGCUCGGUGAAGAUCCUCACCUCGAUGCAGCUUGUCAUUGUUCCUUCUUGUAAAUAAUGUGCAGGAGCAGGACCAGGAGCAGCAGUACAACUAGAAGAUGAGGGGUCUCCUCGACGAUUAAGGAGAUAAUCCCGUACCCCCGUCUAAUCAUAUUCAUCGUGGAGGUGGAGUACGAAUACGACGGCUCAGGUGAAGAUCUUUUCAUUUUGUUUGGUGGUGGUUGCCAUCUGGAUCUGUUUUAAUGCAUCUUUCUGAUGCCUUUAGUUCAAGUAGUCUUACAGCAUGGUCAUUUGUGUGAUGUUGGAUCCUGUGUGUCGUCGAAGAAUUCCUUGGUUCAUCUUUGUUCACGAAUCAGAGCAAGAGUUAUGAGAAAAAUUCGGACAGGCACGAGCUGGCAUAUCAUCAUCGGGCACUUUCAAGACGAUUAGUUUUAGUUAUCAUCAAUAUCUGUAUCUUCGAUGAAAUUCGAAGAUACAGAUAUUGAUGUUUUGGGUCACGAAGACGAACAGUGUCUGACUGAGGUAAGUUCGCAAAGAAGAAAUCGCAUCAUUGUACAGCCCGCAUAUAUCACGUCUGGGCGCUUCGCCGGUACUGCGGGCUGAGUUUUGCUGUUACAUGCCUUGGAUAUUUAGUGGCUUGUAUUUUCUAGUUAACUUUUUCAUUGUCUUCUCAGUUUUUUCAUAAAAUAAGUAACUUGCAUUUAUCAUAUCUUGUUUGUUUGUUUGUUUCUAUUGUAUUGAUGCGCUCCGGGCAACGCGUACGAUCUCGGCGGUUUUCUUUGUGCUUCGUGUGUUUUGUGCUAUGGUCGUCGUUGAUUCUUAGGGAAUCGAGACCCUGGGCGCUCUUCGUUUUCUUUUUUUUAUGGAUCUUUGUUUCCCCAUCCCAUCCGACUUUUCGAUCGUAACAAGUUUAAUUUAUGUGCUUGUGGUGUAUCUUCCUAAAAACUCUACUCAAGCUCGUCCACUCAUUGUUCGUCUCUACAUGAUUUUCGCUUGCACAAGGCUCGGGCCCAUAGUUGCUUUUUUGCAGCCGAGAGCAGCCAGUUAGCUUGAUAGAAUCUCAUCAGUUAUUCUAUGAACGUGCAUCAUGCUGUUGCAACCUCAGGUUGAGAUCGAUGCUGCGUCUGCGUCAUCCUUCGCGAGUCGUCCACAAACAAGAAUAUUCACUUACAUCUACUACUUGCAUAAGCGAAGGCCGGCGCGAUAGCGAUUGAAACAGGUGAGACUGUGACUCUCUUUGUGUGCUUUGAGCUUUUAGGAUCUCGCUGUCGUUCCGCGUCAUCCCUGCUAAAAAGAACAAGUGUCACUUCGGAAAUGGGGCACAGUUCCUGGAUCGCGAACCUAGAACUAGAUAGACAUGAAGAUGAAAACAGAAGAAGGGAUAAGAAUGAAAAAUGAGAAGAUAGAGAAUGCAAAAUACUAGGCCCGUUAACGUCUAGAAAUCCUCAACCGAUCCAAUGCACCCCACUGAGGUUUUCGAAAAAGUUAGUAGAGUAAGCUCAUGACAUGAACAGCUACUUUUUUGAAUGUUAAUGAACCCGUUUUCAUGUAGACACAAGUUCAUCGCCUUCGAUGAACUUAGAAGUUCGAAGUGUCAUCAUAAUUUAUACAUAGGCAAGAAGAUUUUUUUCCAUGGUCGUGGAGCUCACUGGGUCUGGAAGAGUCCACUUUUAAAUCUAUCUUACCACCUUCUAAACCCAUCAUGUUCGAUUCAUUGUAAUAUGAUCUGCCCCGCCUCAAAAGAACCUAUGCAGUUGUACUUCAAGACCCGGACGCAGCUCUUGUAUUCCAAGUAAUAGCGCUCUAGCUCUUACUUGAGGCAACUACACAGGAGACGGUGUUAGUUUGGUGAU